AUUAAUGCAAAUUCAAAAUUUAAUGAAGCAAGGCAUAAUUUUUUUUUAAUUCAUGUUUUAGCACUGCAAAAAUUUUGAACCAAUUUCUGAUUUUUAAAAAGGAAAAUAAUGGGUGUCUUUGUUUUUAAUUGUUUCACCAUUAUUUAUAUUCUGUUUGAAUAUUGCUCUUGUGUGUAGUUGAAAUUUUGGUGCUCUAAGUUUAGACCACUAUAGACUCACUUUAACAAUAGCAUCCUGCUCAGCAUUAUAAUGGUUUGUCUAAGGAAUAAGUUGAGGUUUAAAAUUAUUAGUCAGACUCUUUUGGGAGUGUUUAUUUUUUUGUUUUAUUGCGAAUAUUUAGUUUUUUAUGUUGUCCAGAUGCAUUGUAGUUGGCCAAAACUUGACCCUAUUAAAAAAGAACCAUUUAUAGACAAUACCGAAGAUCCUGUUAAAAUUAUGGUCCUUGCUGAUACACAUUUACUUGGAAGUAAAAAUGGUCAUUGGUUCGACAAAUUAAGGCGAGAAUGGCAAAUGCACAGGGCUUUUCAAACGGCCAUCACAUUGCAUGCACCAGAAAUAGUUUUUUUUCUGGGAGAUUUGACAGAUGAGGGCUCCUUUUGUAGUGAUGAGGAAUUUAAUUAUUACGUUAAUAGGUUUUAUUCUCUGUUCAGUACCAGAGUACCAGAAACUAUACGGAUUUAUGUUCUAGUUGGCAAUCAUGAUAUAGGAUUUCAUUAUGCAGUUAAUCCUCAUUUAACUCAACGAUUUGUUGAUGGAUUCAAUUCUCCAUCAGUUCAGCUUUUAACAGUACGUGGGAACCAUUUUGUACUCAUAAACAGCAUUGCACUUGAAGGUGACGGAUGUUCUUUGUGUAAAUCAGCAGAGAGGCAAAUUGCUGAAAUAUCACAGUUACUUCGCUGUACUAGGAACAGUUCACUGUCGAAUUGUGAUCAAAAAAUGAAAUUAGCAACAUACAGCCGACCAAUUUUAAUGCAGCAUUAUCCAUUGUAUCGGGAAUCAGACAUCGAAUGUGACGAUUUUGACGCAGCCCCUUGGUCCAUAAAACAGGAACGGUUUAGAGAAAGAUGGGAGUGUUUAAGUCGGGACGCUACAUAUGAGCUGUUAACUCAAAUUAAGCCGCGACUGGUGUUAUCGGGCCACACACAUCAUGGGUGCACUAGAAAUUUAUCAGUUGGGAAGGGAGUAGAAAUAACAAUGCCCAGUUUCAGUUGGAGGAACAAGAAUAAUCCGAAUUAUGGCUUGGGAGUUUUUGCUGCAGACAAUUAUGCAUUUCUCAAAUGUGAUAUGCCACGUGAAGAUAGUGUUAUAAAUCUGUAUAUUUUAGGAGGAACACUCUUGUUGAUUUGGUUUACUUAUUUAUUGUAUCAGUCAUUUAGAGUUUGAAAAAUGUAAUGCGUGGUAAAGUUGUUCGAGGUAAAUAUUGGGUAUUAGUUAAUUUUUUAUGGUCCAUUGGAAAAAGUGUUGAGCUUUAAUACUUUGCCACAUGUUUAUUGCUCCAAAUAUUUAUCUUGACAUGACCUAAAACGUAAUUGACAGUAAUUGGGUCUAUUAUAGAAAAAACUUUAAUGGGGUAUGCGAUUUCAAGUGUAGAUACCGGUAACCAACAUGUUUCAAAGCAGACUUGAAGACAACUAAUUACGCGAGACUGUGAACUUUAAAGUACUUUAAAGUACAAGGUUGAAUAGCCUGUUCUGUCAAGUAUUUCUUGUGGUUUGUAUUGUUAUAUAAUUUUGUCUUGUUAUAUUUUUUAUUUGUGUAUUAUUAUGUACAUUAUGUACGAACUUAAGUAAAUAAACUUAGUUUACGAG